AUUACAUUCUAUUCUACUUUAUUUGAACCACAAACAACCAUGUCGGAUCAGCCAUACGAACGUAAAAACAUACAUGGCACUAAUCCUCAGUUUCUUAUUGAAAAAAUCCUUCGUGAACGCAUUUAUGAAAGUGCCUAUUGGAAGGAGAAACUCUUUGGUGUGUCUGCAGAAACAUUGCUGGACCGAGCUGUUGAGUUGCAGGCUAUUGGAGGCCAGUUUGGCAGUCAAAAACCUACAGAGUUUAUUUGUCUUGCUUUAAAGAUACUUCAACUUCAGCCAGAUGAUGAGAUAAUAACUCUAUUUCUUACCAACUCGGACUUCAAGUAUCUCACUGCUCUUGCAGCAUUUUAUAUCCGUCUUACCGAGUCCCAUUCUCAGGUGUAUCGACGACUAGAACCACUCUUGCAGGAUAGACGAAAGCUGCGAAGACGGACAAAUGUCGGAGGGUAUGAGUUGACCUUUAUGGAUCAAUUUAUAUCAGAUUUGCUAUUGGAGGAUCGCAUGUGUGAUACCAUUUUACCUCGACUUACCAAAAGGUAUAUUCUGGAAGAUCAAGGCGAUCUCGAGCCCAGAGCAAGCCCAUUGGACAUGGAGUUGGAUGAUUUGGAUGCCGAGGAAAGUAUACAGUCGUUGGAUGAU